AUGGCCUCGAUAGCCCACACUACGACGAGUCGCAGCGAAAGUUCCAGAAGUACUUGCGCGAAGUGGGAGGCGUCGGGGGAGGCGCCCCGGGAAGUCCGAGAGCGGUUCAGUACCGACCGCGGAAACCAGCGUACUGUCGCGGGCAUCCCGUAUAAGCGGCUCGACGCAUUCCACGAUAUGAUCCUCAUGGGCGAGAUGCCGCGUCUGCCAAGCGAUGUGGCCGGGGCGCCGACGUUGGACCUCCCGUCAAUAAUCCACUGCGGCACCGACGAGCAGAAGCACCGCUGGCUGCCGGGUCUCUUUUCCUGGCAGACGAGCUUCUGUCUGGCCAUCACGGAGCCCACUGCAGGUUCUGAUGUGGGUGCCAAUCGCGCCACCCCCACCAACAGCAGCAGCCGGUCCGACAGAUGGAAGAAAGCCUCACGACUACCAUCCCGGUCCGAAAUCCCGCUCCUCGUCGUCUCGCUUGAUUCCCCCGGCAACUCGAUGCGCAAGACCCACAACACCGGCCACAACGGCAGCGGAUCAUCUUGGGUCGAGUUCGGGACGUGCGAGUCCCCGUCGGCAACCUCCUUGGCCCGGAGGACCGCUGGUUCCCUAUCAUCAUACCGCAACUUCAACAAGGAGCGUUUCAUUCUGACGGUGUAUUGCAACCGACAGGCGCUGCGGUACACGCAUGACCAUGAUGUAGCGGAUGCAGUGUGA